AUGGUAGAAGAAGAUCGCGCGUCCAAAGAAGCAGGAGCAGCAGUGAGAGAGGCACUCGCAAACACGCAAUUUCCGUUAUUGAUCAGUUAUGGAAAGAGAGCAACAAGCCGCAGACAAGUGAACGCCGAGGAGGUGAAGCGCGCUAAAGCGGCUGAAGAUGAAAAGAAAGAGAGUACAGGCUCUGGUUCAGGCAGGAAGACGAAAGUCUAG